AUGGCCCAGUCCCUGUGCCCGCCGCUCUCCGAGGCCUGGAUGCUCUCCGCGGGCUGGGGCCCUGCCCGGCCGCCGCCGCCGGCCUCCGACGGGGACUGCGGCUGCUCCCCCGCCUCCGACGCGCCGCUCCCUCGGGGCUGCCCGCUCUGCCCCGACGGCGGCACCACGCAGGCGCAGACGCAGGCGUGCGGCCCGGGCCUGGGCUCAGCUGCCGGGGCCGCGGCGUCUUGGGGAUCCCCGCCAGCCUGCCCCGAGGCCCCGGCGGCGCCGGAGCUGUGCAACCUGCCGGUGCGCUACAACGAGGAGGUGUGCCCAGAAGGGCUGGCGAUGGAGCUGGGUCCCUCGUCUCCGCUCUUUCCCGGCGACGUGCUGGCCCUGCUGGAGACCUGGAUGCCCCUGUCGCCCCUGGAGUGGUCGCCAGCCUGAGUGGUUGAAGUGACGACAGCUGGCGCCCUGGCCGUGAGCCCCGAGGCCUUCUUGGCCUCAGCUUCGAAGUGGUCCCUCUCCAGACUCCCUCUCCUCGAGGAGGGCACCGGCUAUACUGGCAUGGGCAUUCCUGAGAGUGACAGCCUGUCCC